GUCAAGACACCCAUCAUGUUUAUGUACUCGUGUUUUUUAAAGCCCCUCGGACAUCAUGGAGAUGUGCAAAGUCGGCUCGAAUCCUUUUAUCAGGGACAAGCUCAUAUUUAUGAUGACUCGCGCGGUAAACUUUUACGAGGCCGUAAAACGAUGCUACGACUAUGUGCGGCACAGCUAAAGGAUCAAAUCGCUAAUGGCACAACACCAAGGAAACCAACUUGGAUUGACCUGGGAGGUGGAACUGGUUGGAACAUUGAGCAAAUGCACGCGUCGUUCCCUAUUGAGAACUUUGAAAAGGUUGUGCUGGUGGAUCUGACACCUUCCUUGUGCAAGAUUGCUCAAGAGCGGUUCAAGCGACGCGGUUGGGAUAAUGUCAUUGUGUUAUGUCAAGAUGCUGCUUCUUUUGAAACACCUUUUCAAGCCGAAGGUGGUGUCAACUUGGUGACCAUGUCGUAUUCAUUAUCGAUGAUGGACAGCUAUUUCCCAGUCGUGGAUCGAGUCCAAUCCUUGUUGACGCCCGAUGGUCUUUUUGGCGUCGUCGAUUUCUACGUGUCUGGUAAAUCCAGUGCACCAGCAGAAACCUACUCACCCCAACACAACCGACAAUGCAAUUGGUUCACACGAUUCUUCUGGCACAUCUGGUUCGACUUUGAUCACAUCAACUUGGCGCCUGGCCGUCGCGAUUAUUUGGAAUACAAGUUUGGCACGAUCAAGAGUUUGAACCGCAGAAAUCAUUUCGUGGUCCCUUAUAUGAUCCAGAUUCCUUACUAUGUUUGGCUUGGUUGUUCGCAUGCAAGGGGUCUCCUCGCUACUACUACUACUACUUCAGCUUCCGUGAUAUCCGAUUCGUAUAGCAGUAGUGCAAGUGACUGCAGUGCGUCACCUAAACUGGGACCCGAUGGUUCUUCUUCGUCAGCUUCGGUUGUAGCAGUAGAACCUCGUCGCCCGUGGCGUUUGGACUAUGAUCCGUCGUUGCCCUGUCAUACACAAUUUCGAUCGUAUAUUUAUGCUUUCACUUGGGAAGAUCCGCGAGUCGAUCUGCAGCAUAUUCCGUUGUCCAGCAAUGACGUGAUGCUGGUCAUUACUUCGGCUGGUGACAAUGCUCUAGAAUAUGCCAUUGCUGCACAACCUAAACGAAUUCACUGCGUUGACAUGAAUCCUUGUCAGAAUCACUUGUUGGAAUUGAAGCUUGCAAGCAUUGCCACACUCUCAUACCGUGAUUUCUGGCGAAUGUUUGGACAAGGCCAGCACCCGCACUUUUCUACGCUGUUAAACGAUUUCAUUUCGCCCCAGCUGAGUUCCUACGCCUUCCAGUACUGGUCCCAGCAUAGCGAUCGGUUCUCUCACCAAUUCUACAAGACUGGUUAUUCUGGAUUGGCGUUAUAUAUUUUUGAAUGGUGGAGUCGUGCUACGGGUAUUACAAAGUACGUAGAACAGAUGUGCAGUGCUACAACAAUCGAAGAACAAGAACGGAUUUGGCAGCAGCGUGUACGACCUACCCUCCUGUCUCCACUGGUUCAAAAAAUGAUGGAUAAUCCAAUGUUUAUGUGGAAUGCAUUAGGAGUACCGAUCAACCAAAUGAACAUGUUUUUGGAAGAGUGCACGACACGCGAAUAUGUUGAAAAUACGCUCGAUCCCAUCCCAUCCCGGUCUUUGUUCCGAAAUGAUCAAUAUUUCUACCACCUCUGCAUGAUGCAGCAUUAUACCAAGGAAUCAUCUCCAACCUAUCUAACCGAGGAAGGAUUCAAUAAGCUCAAGAAUUCGGAUGCUAUGGACGCCUUCCGAUUACAUACAGACUCAAUCGUCGAUACAUUAAAGGGCUUACCAGACAAUUAUUUGACACGGAUGGUUGUCAUGGACCAUAUGGACUGGUUCGACCCUAAGGACCCCAGUCAGUUAGAUUUAGAAAUCACCGAGAUGGCCCGCACACUACAGCUGGAUGGCCGUGUCUACUGGCGCAGUGCAGGCACACGGCCUUGGUAUAAUGCCUUGUUUGAAAAGGCUGGAUUCCAGGUUGAACCACUCACGAUUCGUCAGCCUGGCCUAUCCAUAGACCGUGUUAACAUGUACGCUAGUUUCUAUCAAGGCACACUGAAGCGUAAACAGCAAUAACCAUCUUCUUCUUCUUCGAAAAUUACUCACACAUACACACCCGCUAUUUUAUUUAUAUAUAUUUGUACACAAUUUCUAUUUUUUUUUUGAUUUACAAGGAAAGAGACCACUUCCUUCGUAGCCGUGUAAUCUUUUAUAUAUGUAUUAAAAAUCUGAUUAUAUGUAUAUGCCC